AUGCUCCAGCAGUACCCAGGAGCGACCAUCGUCAGCAUGCUCCAGCAGUACCCAGGAGCGACCAUCGUCAGCAUGCUCCAGCAGUACCCAGGAGCGUCCAUCGUCAGCAUGCUCCAGCAGUACCCAGGAGCGACCAUCGUGGAGACCGUGAUUACCCGCGUCCCCGACCCGCCUCGGCCCUCCACCGCGUCCCCGACCCGCCUCGGCCCUCCACCGCGUCCCCGACCCGCCUCGGCCCUCCACCACGUCCCCGACCCGCCUCGGCCCUCCACCGCGUCCCCGACCCGCCUCGGCCCUCCACCACGUCCCCGACCCGCCUCGGCCCCUCCACCGCGUCCCCCGACCCGCCUCGGCCCCUCCACCGCGUCCCCCGACCCGCCUCGGCCCUCCACCACGUCCCCGACCCGCCUCGGCCCUCCACCACAUCCCCGACCCGCCUCGGCCCUCCACCGCGUCCCCGACCCGCCUCGGCCCUCCACCACGUCCCCGACCCGCCUCGGCCCUCCACCACGCCCCCGACCCACCUCGGCCCCUCCACCACGUCCCCGACCCGCCUCGGCCCUCCACCACGUCCCCGACCCGCCUCGGCCCUCCACCACGUCCCCCGACCCGCCUCGGCCCUCCACCACGUCCCCCGACCCGCCUCGGCCCUCCACCGCGUCCCUGACCCGCCUCGGCCCUCCACCAAGUCCCCGACCCGCCUCGGCCCCUCCACCACGUCCCCGACCCGCCUCGGCCCUCCACCGCGUCCCCGACCCGCCUCGGCCCUCCACCGCGUCCCCGACCCGCCUCGGCCCUCCACCGCGUCCCCGACCCGCCUCGGCCCUCCACCGCGUCCCCGACUCACCUCGGCCCUCCACCGCGUCCCCGACCCGCGUCGGCCCUCCACCACGUCCCCGACCCGCCUCGGCCCUCCACCGCGUCCCCGACCCGCCUCGGCCCUCCACCGUGUCCCCGACCCGCCUCGGCCCUCCACCGCGUCCCCGACCCGCCUCGGCCCUCCACCGCGUCCCCGACCCGCCUCGGCCCUCCACCGCGUCCCCGACCUGCCUCGGUCCCUCCACCACGUCCCCGACCCGCCUCGGCCCUCCACCGCGUCCCCGACCCGCCUCGGCACUCCACCGCGUCCCCGACCCGCCUCGGCCCUCCACCGCGUCCCCGACCCGCCUCGGCCCUCCACCGCGUCCCCGACCCGCCUCGGCCCUCCACCGCGUCCCCGACCCGCCUCGGCCCCUUCACCGCGUCCCUGACCCGCCUCGGCCCUCCACCGCGUCCCCGACCCGCCUCGGCCCUCCACCGCGUCCCCGACCCGCCUCGGCCCUCCACCACGUCCCCAACCCGCCUCAACCCUCCACCGCGUCCCCGACCCGCCUCGGCCCUCCACCACGUCCCUAG